AUGAACGCUCCCGAGUCGAGAUACCCAGCUUACUACAACCCCAACAUCUACCAGCAUCCUACCUAUCUUGGCAGCCUUCCCGACAGACUGCGCGAGCCCAGCAUAGCCGUCCCCGUCAUCCUCCUCCUUCUUAGCAUCGUCUAUAGCUCCUCCUGGGGUCGCGCACCAGAGUCCACGCCCAUCCGACAGCGCCUCUGGGACACCACCGUUUCUGUGCUUCCGGCGAAGCUGCUAUAUGUGGUCGACGACUGGAUGAAUCCCUUUCCUCGCUCCAUGCUGGUCCCGCGGCUCUCUAGCCAUCAAGCCAAAAGCGAGGCUCUAGCAAGGAUACUGGGAAGGGACAGGCAUGGCGGCAUUGUCGCAUCGGUGUCGCACGCCGGCAAGACGGGCCUCUCCAAGCUCAUGACCAAGGGGAGACCGGAUGCGCCUGCCGGCCUGGGCAAUAGCAGCAACUCCUGUUACCAGAACAGCAUUCUACAAGGGCUGACGGCACUCAAGCCCGUCCGAGAGUAUCUCGCCAGGAUCGCCUCUGACGAGGAAGGGACGCUCCCGAGAAUCUACGUCACCAGAGCUCUCGGCAUCUUGAUACAAGACUUGUACAGCCCAUCAAAGAAUGGACAGACACUCUGGGCACCGCCGAUGCUGAAGAAUAUGAGCACGUUCCAACAGCAGGAUGCUCAGGAGUACUUCUCGAAGCUGCUCAACGAAAUGCAAGAAGAAAUCGAGAAAGACUUGAAAGCAAACCGCAAGAAGCCUGGGUACGGCUUGGAAUCCAGCAAUGAUGGAACGAGUGGUAGUCAACACAGCGACGACAGUGGCUACCAAACAAGCUCGGCCAUCUCAAAGGCAGUUUCCGAACUCAAUGAUUACAGGUUUCCUCUAGAGGGUUUGACGGCCCAGCGUGUCGCCUGCUUGACCUGCGGUUACUCAUCUGGACUGUCGAUGAGCCAGUUUCAGUGUGUCACGCUCGGCCUCGAGAGAAAUCGCCAAGAAUAUACCCUCGAGAACAUGUUGGACGACUUCACGGAGAUCGAGGCGAUCGAGGGUGUGCAGUGCGCAAAUUGUACGCUGCUCAAAUUCCGCGAUCGCAUCCGGAUUCUUCUGGACAGGCUUCGAGAGAGCUCAGGCAAGAACGAUGAAGACCUCAGGGCGCAGCAUCCCCAGCCCUUUGAACGGUUGGAGACCAUCGAGACGGCGCUUGAGGAGGACGACUUUGAAGAAAAGACCAUGGUGGACAAGUGCAAAAUUCCCAAGGAUCAGCGGAUAGAAUCGACAAAGUCGAAACAGAUGGCCAUAGCUCGAGCGCCGCCGAGCAUCGCCUUCUACAUUAACCGCUCCAAGUUCGACGAGUAUAGCGGACACUUCUACAAGAACCCAGCUGCUGUCCGUUUUCCCAAGCUGCUAGAUCUUGGGCCUUGGUGUUUGGGUAGUGCCCAGUCCAUGCUAGCUACUGGAGUCUCCGAGAAGGAGAAGAACGAUGCGAGCGCGAGCAAAGAGCAAUGGCAACUACCGCCUAGCCUGUCAAUUGUUGCAGGCUCCAUGAGGAGAACUCACAUCACCGGACCUUUCUACGAGCUGCGAGCCGUGUUAACUCACUAUGGCCGCCAUGAGAACGGACAUUACAUAUGCUACCGCAAGCAUCCGGUCAAUAUACCAGAUGUCGACCAUACUCUGAACGAAAAGCACAAAGAUGAGCCAGCAAAUCUAGCUUCAGAGGCUUCCGGUGAUGAUGUGGAAGAUACUCCAAUCGCGGACGAGGACGCAAAAGAGUCUGAUGACACCCUCAUUGGCGAGACGCAAUCCCAUUGGUGGCGCAUCAGCGAUCAGGACGUCACCAAGGUGGAGGAAGCGACAGUCAUGGCUCAAGGAGGCGUUUUCAUGCUCUUCUACGAUCGCAUCGACCCGAACUCGGUGCUUGUUGCAGACGAGGAGUCUCGUGUAGAUGACAAGACUGAUGAUGACGAGACACUUGUGGGCGUUGAGGAGGUGUCGGGGGUCAUGACGCCAACGGAUGACGGGCCUUUGAUCAAGGACGAGAUUGUGGUUGGUAACGGCGGGCUCAAGGCUGCGGUUAGGAGCGUGAUCCAGCCCGGGGUAACAACAAUCGAGGUCGCGCCGAGCGAGAUCAGAGCGGCAUCGAGGAAGGGGCUCGAGACGUCGAUAGACGUUGCGCAAGGCGAUGUCAAGGCAGCCGAGAGGGAUCCACUACCUUCAUCGAUCCAGGUUGCAUCUGGUGAGGUCAAAGCGGCAUCGAGAGAUCCUCUCGCAUCGUCUAUUGAGGUUGCAUCGGCUCAGGUCAAGGCUGCUUCGCGAGAGGAACUGCCAACGUCUAUUGAGGUGGCGCCAGGCGAUGUCAAAGCUGCAUCCAGGGCUCCGCUCUCUGCGCAACAUUCCGCCUCUAUCGAAGUCGCUCCAAGCGACAUCAAAGCCGCUUCGCGACAGCCUCUCGACUCCUCUAUUGAAGUUGCGCCGGGCGAUGUCAAACCCGCCUCGAGGAGCGCCAUCGCUCCACCGCAUCUGCCCUCUAUCGAAGUGGCAUCUGGCGAGACCAAAGCUGCGGCCCGAAGCGAUAUAGCAGCGUUGGAUUCUUCCAUCUCUGUAGCAUCCAGCGAGACCAAGGCGGCGGUCAGAAGUUCCCUUGAGCCGGUCAAGUCGUCUCAGGCUGAACCCACUAUUCUAGAAGAGCCUGCGGAGGCUCAAGAGCGCGGUUGA